GUGAGGACGGGCUUGCGAUGAUCUCACAGCGGAUGUGCGGGAACGCUGCCGGUAGUGUUGUGAACACGUGAGGCUGAUUUUGCUGUACGGAUCAUAGACGUGCAGGUUGAGCUUCCAUGGCAGGGAUUCUGUUUGAAGACAUAUUUGAUGUAAAGGAUAUUGAUCCUGAUGGGAUGAAAUUUGAUAGAGUUUCCCGACUGCAUUGUGAGAGUGAGUCAUUCAAGAUGGAUCUGAUUCUUGAUGUAAAUAUUCAGAUUUACCCUGUGGACCUCGGUGACAAGUUUCGCUUGGUAAUUGCCAGCACGCUGUAUGAAGAUGGAACCCCAGAUGACGGAGAAUACAAUCCCACUGAUGAGCGACCUUCCAGGGCUGAUCAAUUUGACUAUGUAAUGUAUGGAAAAGUAUAUCGAAUUGAAGGUGAUGAGACAUCAACUGAGGCUGCUACUCGGCUAUCUGCCUAUGUCUCUUAUGGGGGUCUUCUGAUGCGACUCCAGGGUGAUGCUAACAACCUGCAUGGCUUUGAGGUGGACUCCAGAGUUUACCUGUUAAUGAAGAAGCUGGCAUUCUAAAAAAAAAAAAAAACUUUUUUUGCUGUCAUCAUUUUCUUUUUCCCAGAAGAGAAGCACCAAUAUCUGUAAAGGGAUCAAGGCUGUACACAGUUCAUUUACAGUAAUUAUGUUGAUGGCCAAGACGGCUAACUUUGGAUGCAACAAACAGCAGAUACAUAAUGGCAGUUUCUCAUGCAGUUUUUUAUUUUAAAAAGGACAUGAAUGGAAAAAUGACACUGAUAUAAACUCUCAUAACUGAACAUGUUUUCCAUUGUAAAUAAACUUUUCUUAAAUAAUAAA